AUGAGCCGGCGACACGAGUUGAUGAUGCGGCUACCGCUGUUUCUCAUCUUUGCUGCAACGGCGAAUUGCUACGUCAGCCCGCAUUGGUAUACGCAGUGCUUCCGACGGGUGUUGAAAGUUGGUGACAUCAUCACGAUCAAGGGUCAUGUUAUCACUGGCGCUACGCGAUGGACAUGCAAUAUCGCCGAGAGUGAAAUGAACAACAUCAUCAUCCAUGCCGACCACCGUAUCCACCCCACGCCGGCCGAAGGAGCGUGGGGAACCCAUGUCAACGCUCGCCCCGGAAUGGGGGCGUGGAACUACGACGCCGGCCAUGGAGCCAUCCCCUUUGCCGGCGGGCCAUUUGAAUUCACGUUCAGAAUCCUUGACCCGAUGACGGUGGAGAUUUACUACAAAAACGCUACUUGGACUGGGACGAGUUAUAGACGGCCCAGCAUUGCCUUGGAAUCGUCCCGUCAGAUCGAUUGCAAUGGUGACGUCCUCGACGUCACUUUCCAUGGUGAUAUGAUGAGGGAUAAGGUCUUGCCAGUGAAAAGUCGCAGUGAUUGUCUGGUUCUACCUAAAGAACGACCACCGCACCGCCACGACAGCCGUGAUGAUCAUCGCCAUAGCCAUGAUAGCCAUAAUGAUCACCAUCAUCAUCAUCACGGCAGCGACAGCCAGAGCAGCGAGGAGUGGCCGAAGAAGGACCAGGACGGGAAACAGGGCAAGGAUGCGUGGGAUGCCUACAACAUCGAGGUCCCGGAUGGCUGGAAAAAC